AUGGACGAAAGCCGACAGGAAAAGCAAAGUGGACAACCUGAUGGUCUCGAGCGCGAAGCCGCGCACAGGGGGCUUAGAAAGACUGGGUCCAGGACACUUGGGUGGGAUACGAACCACCGCAACUUCCCACGCAAUUGGCCCCUUCAGCGCAAGUUCUAUGACGCCUGUGUCAUCUUCUCCUUGGAGUUCUAUACGACUAUCAUGAGCACAACGGGGCCAUCCGCUGCAGAAGAGGCCAUGUCAGAGUACGCAAUGACCAGGGCUGUGAUGCUCACCGGAUUUCAGUUCAUGUAUGGCAUUGGACAAGCAUUGGGGGCGCUGAUCAUGCCUCCUUUUUCUGAGGCUCUUGGUCGCCAAAAGUCCUACCUCGUGUCCGCCGGUGCAUACAGUAUUUCUUCUCUGAUGGUUGGCCUCGUUCCUUCGCCAGCCGGAGUCUUCAUCGGCCGCUUCUUCUCCGGUUUCGCCUCGUCUGUGCCAGCGAUCGUUUUGGCUGGAAGUAUCGAGGAUCUGUAUACCCACCAGCCAAGGCUCUGGCUUCUCUGGUUUUGGAAUUGCUCCACUAUGCUCGGCAUCGCCGUGGGCCCAAUCUAUGGGUCCUAUAUAGUAGAUGCAAUCGGUUGGCGCUGGGUUUACCAUGUUUCCGCCAUCACCUGUGCAGUGAUAUUCUUCCUCCUUAUACCCGUCCGCGAGAGCCGGCCGACAACCCUGCUUGAACGCCGCUUUGCCAAUCUACAGUCAAAGAUCGGAGUGGUAGACAUGGAUAUACCAAACCCUGACCGGAUAAAUAGCACCCGAGAGCUUGUGAAGGUGAUUCUGGUGCGGCCGGCCAAGAUUGGUGUCUCGGAACCUAUAAUCAUUUUAGUCUCAAUUCUCAGCGCGUCGGCGUGGGGUAUGAUGUACCUCUUUACCGAGUCCUUCACCGUUGUAUAUAGCGCAUUUGGCUGGAGCUCAAGGGCGACCUCACUGCCUUUUAUUGCUCUGGUUCCUGGGGUCAUUAUGAGUGGGAUUGUUCGCUUUUGGGACCAUCACAAGCUGAAGUCCCGACAGAAAGCCGGACAGUGGCCGGAGCCGGAAGAUAAGAUUGGCGGAUUUGCCAUUGCUGCGCCUGCACUCGCCACAGGACUCUGGAUCUUCGGCUGGACAGUUCCACCGCUCGUCCAUGUCCCUUGGAUCGCAUCCAUGUUCGGCCUCGUGCUUAUUGGCUUUGCAGCGACCGAGUUCUCGUACACGCUAAGUGGGUACAUUUCCGACACGUAUACUAUCUACGCCUCGUCAGCGUUGGCUAUUCAAGGCUUCUUACGCGCGCUGGCCUCCGGGUGUCUUCCUCUGUUCGCGUAUCCAAUGUAUUCGGGGCUCGGAUCAAACAUCGCGACAAGUAUUAUCGCAACUGUGGCAACGUUGUUCUGCAUAACGCCAUAUGUAUUUCUGAGACAUGGUAAGCGCUUAAGGGAGAACAGCCCUUUCGCUCGGUAUAGUGCAAAGGUGAAUGACGAACACGGUGCUGAUUGA